AUGCUGGGGUUGGAGGAUGGUCUCGUCCUACUCCAACAGGCGUGGGACACCUUUUGGCAGGUUGAUCCUGGUGGUCUGGCAAGUUACCCUCUAGUGCCCCCAGUGUCGGUACCCAUCCAGCUAGGGAUGAUGCCGACUGCUGCUCCUCUAGUGGGAGCUGCUGCUCUUGCGAGUGGCCUUGGAAGGGACGAUGCCACCUCGAGGGACUUUUUCGGCGAGGGUCCCAGGAGGACUUCGUCGUCGAGUAGUGGUGUUGGUCGCGUCGGUGGCGGCGGCGGCGUGCCAGUGAAUAUCGCGACCAAGAGUGGUGGAUCAAUGGAGCCUAUGGAUGAGGAUGAGCACUACCAAGGAGGUCACAAGAUCAACUCUGGCAGAUCUAGGAAAUUCCUAGAGUAUUUAUGUCGCCUUAUGAACCGACCCCAACCCCACGUGUAG